AUGUAUGCCGGUGGCGGUUGGGGGGGUGGGCUGCUGGCAGGGCAUGACGGCCCCUGUCUAAAUAAUCAUGAUCUGGAGGCUGGUGCGCCCGUCCACGACGGCUGCCAGGCCUUUGUGCCAAAGCGGCACGCUGGUCUUGAGCCCCCGGAAGAUGUUUGUGAUGCCUGUGGUUGCCACCGCGCCUACCACCAGAAGACCGGAUCCGCGCAGGCGCAGCAGCCACCCCCCAUCGGUGGCGCCAAGAAGGGCCUCUUCGAGCGCAGCAGUGGGUUCCGCCCUCCGCCACUAACUUUGGCACGGGCGAAAGGUUCCACGGCCAUGGACAACUCCGAGGAUGACGACCCAAUGGCCCAUCUUCUGCCACAUUUAGCAGCGAGGCGCGCUCAGAAGAGAAGCCUGGAAGAAGAGGGCCCUGCUCUUGAUGUCGGCGGGGAGGAGGCCAGAGCACCCCGGAGGAGCGGAGGAGUCGCAAUCGGGGGGGGGGAACAUAUCUGUGGCCGUGGAGAGCUUGCUGAUGUCCGUGCAGUGGAGGAAAGUAUGUUCAAGGCCGCUGUGGAAGAAUCGACGCGAGCAAGCAAAGCAGAGGCUGCGCACGGCAAGAGCGAGCCGCAGCGUGUGAGCCCGAAG